AUGAGGGCAACCUUCCUCAAACAGUCCAUGUCCACCCAAAUCAGUGAUCUGAAGGAUAAGAUCAAUGCUGCGGAUCCCGAAAACUUCCAAGCGGUCACUCCAUGGUUUACCACCUGGCAGGACGAUUUCAACGUCCGGGUUGACUCGAUGAUUCAAGGCAUUGAGGAUCCCAACCGUGAAAUCGAAUUCGAAGCAGCGAGCAUUGAAGCCAAUGAAGAUAUAUGCAAGAUUAACCCAAAUAUGGGCUCUAGCAGUUAUCCCAUUACCUGGAAGCGUGCAAUUCCACCAUCAUGCGCACCUGACUGGCAAGGAAACCCGGGCGAGCCUUCCAAUGCAGCUAAAGUACCGGAAUGGGUCGGCUGCGACACCCGAUUUGGUUUUGAGUACGCUAGCAGCGCCGACAUUCUCGGUGCGAUGAAGCAGGGAAUAAAAUACUUCCUCUCCAAUGCGAGGGGCGUCCCGCGCCCUGGUCAACCGAUCUGGCAGACUGCCGCAAAGGCCGCAUAUCCCCACAUCUACAGCAAUAGCGACAACAUUGCCUUCUCUGAUGAAUGCAUGAAUGCCGGGGAUGACUAUACCGGAUUUAUUGAGUUCCCUAUCAUGCCAGAUGGGAGCGUAUUGGAGGCAGGAAGAAAUUCUCGCAUUGACGUUGGUGUGCAGCGUGUUGUGUUCAAAGCCAAGGAUCACAGAGACCCCGCUGCUGACGACUGGAAUUAUCUCUUCUGUGGUGUGAUGACCCAUUUCACAAAUGUCCUCGAAACGCACAUCAUCGAUGAUGUGCCAAGGAAUGUCUUGCCUUUCAAACUUUGUGAGGCCGCUUGCGCAUCUGACGUGGUUGGGCAAUGCAACUGGACGUGGGCUUGA